UGCAAAUAUUGAAGACCAUCAAACAGACUGAAGCAUGAGUGGCGAAAUGGAUGCAGCUGAAGACAGCUCGGAGGGUGUUGUGCCCACAUUGGAGGAACCUUUGGAGCUAAAAGAGACUAUUCUGUAUAAUGAUCCAGUGGAGGAAGAUAUAUAUAUAGAUGAGCCAAUCGGGAAAUUGAAUGAUCAAACAGAGGAACCCUUGAGUCAAUCUGUUGGCGAGCCCUUGCGGGACCCAAUGUUGGAGCUUGCCAAGCAGUCUUCGAUUCAAAAUGUAGAUUUGCGAGAUAAAGAUCAUUUGGAUCACCUGGAUCACUUGGACAACUUGGACAAUCUAGCUGAUGCUUAUAGCUCCGGCUCUUUGAGUGCAAACGCUAGCCUGACAAAUGUACAGGAACACCAGGAAACAGCUUUACCUAGCCAAGAGCCAAUUAACAACAAGGCUUCCUUGAAGACGGAGAGAAAGAAGGAUAAGCCCGCAAGGUCCAUAGAUGCAUCUCUCGUCUCAAACCUUCAGACGGGCUCUAUUAAGUCUACCCGUCAAAAAUCGAAUGUCAUCAGUGCAGGUUCGAAUAGCAGUAAAAAGAGUGGGGCUUCCAUCAAGUCAAAGGAAACGAAAAGGGUAAAAGGCACUAAGGUCGUCAAACACACGACUUCCCAGGCUAAUUCGCCGAUUCCCCCGUUGAUCAAAAGUGGAAAUAUUAGUGAUGUGAGCAUUUUGUCAGUACCCAGUGCCCAAUCGGCUCGGUCUACGAGUCGCGGAUCCUCCAGGAGCAGCCCGGGCACACGUACGCCGCGAUCCCUUUCAAUAAUACGGGACACAAAAUCUGGAACUUCCAAGGAUUCGAGCCCUAAUCAAAUUCGGAGCUCGCUGAGGAAGGCCAAAAAGAGACCGGAAACUCGGAGAUCGGAAUCGAGGAGAUCGGAAUUGAGGAAAUCGUUAGCCAAGUUGAAAAAGAAACUAACUGAAGAUAUAUUUCAUUCGGAAGAGGGUUCAUUGUCGGAGCUGUCGGGCACGCCCGAUUCGUCAGCUAGUCAAGAUACGCAUGAUAAAGGGGAGAUGAUCCACAAGCGGAAUAGCCUGCUUGCACUGCUAAAGGAAAUUCCAGAUAUUGAUGAGCUAUCCGAGGGAAGUUAUGCCUCGGUUAUCGUGCAUAAACGAUCCGAAUAUGACGGACAUUUUGUGCCCCCAACGUGGGAUGGCGAUAGUGAAGAUUCCUCCUUGAAAAGCCCUGAGCCUAGCCUCAAACACCAAGAAACCACAUCUGCUGUAGAAAGAGUCGAGGAGGAAUCCAGCUCCGAGCUCGAUUUCUCCCACAGCCACUCGCUCCUGAACCUUGAUAGUUUAAGUGACAGCGUUGAUAGGUUUCCUGUCAGUGCAAAAAUUGUGGGCGCAAUAGAUGAAGACGUGGAUGUCGCUAGAACCCUUAAUUCAAUUAUCAUUCGCAAGAGUCAUAUAGAUAUGGUCGAUUUCUAUAAUGAAAAUCUCGAAAAUCAGCGGCGGGCAGCCUUGGAGGCAUGCGAAUAUUUCCUGGAUGAGAUAGUACAACGAGUUGUAGCCUUCUCCGAUCAGGAAGAUGUGAAGCUGCGGCGCGUGCUCGAUAAGGAUAAGCUGAUCAGAGAGCUCAUCCCGUUGAUGAAACAAUUUACCGAAGAGCAAUUCUUCAAGACCACGAUGGAGCAGCGGGUCACCGAGCAUUUUGUGCGCAAGAAACAGUUCGUGUUUUUGAAAAUACCCAAGAUAUUCGAUGACCUCAAUUACCAGCGGCGACAGAGCUCCCUUGUCGAGCUUGAUCGACUGCUCGAGGUCCAUAAUCAAACAUUUGAUCUGGCCCAAAUGCAGUCGAUCAAGUUGACCGAGGAGCUUGAGAACGCGCGCAUUAACAGCGAUCAGAAGGUUCAGGAUUUCGAGCAAGUUGUGCGAACGACUCUCCUCGCCAACGACAGCUCUAAUCAUCUGACAGGUGUCGUGAACGAGGUCCUAAGUACCAUGAGAAGCUUUCGGGAUGAGUUGUCCGAGCUGCGACUGGAGCUGCUCUACAACCAGCAUCGCCUUGCCGAAAUGCAGAUGAAAUCCGAGAUCUUGGAGGAUCUGGGCGAUGGACUCAAGAUGCAAGAGUAUCUCAACAAGCAGUCCGAUGUCCUUGUGUUGGGCACCAAAAUCGCAGAACGCGACGCUGAGCUGAAUCGGCUGCAAGGGAAAAUCAACUUUGAUGUGCAUGCGCUGGCGCAUGUCAAGUGCAAGGAGCACAUGUGCCGCAAAGUUUACCUGGACAUGAUACAGAAGCUGGCGGAAUGCAAGCGAUCGAGGCGCCACUAUCGCGAACUCAUCUACCAGAGCAAGCUGAAGCACAACCGAUUUCUCAGGGAGCUGCACAAAAUCCGCAACUCUGGGUCCCUGAUGCACUAUCCCAUUCUAUUGGAGGACUACGACAAGACUGUGGAGUUCUUGCAGCUGAAGCGGGUCGCAGUUGAGAAACUUCGCUGUGAGCACAGACGCUUGUCCCAACGCAUCAGUAUUACCGAGUCCAAGUUGUGGAGGCAAAAAAGUACUACUCGAUUAUCGGGCGCAGCGAAGCUGUUCGGAGAACCUUUAAUUGUCAUAACUGGAUUCAAUAUUGCCGCAACAGACCCUUAGAGACAUUCUGUUUGCGCUCGCUCAAAUAAUGCAUACUUAUUUUGUCGUUCAUUUUUUUCUCAGACGGGAAGAUUUUUCCGUGUAGCCUUUCUUUUAUUAAAAGACA